AUCAAGACCAACUUUGAGAGCAACCUCAACCUGGCCUUGAAGGACUAUAACGUGACUGCGGACCGGCACAGCGAGGCUGUUGAUACCAUCCAGAGAACUCUGCACUGCUGCGGGGUGCAGAACUACUCGGACUGGGAGAGAACUGAAUACUUCACCCAGAGGGGCAUCCCCCGGAGCUGCUGCAAGAGCCAGGACGACUGCUCGCAGGAGGACCUGAAAGACCUGAGCAAGGCCAAGCUGAAAGUGUUUGUGGAUGGGUGCUUUUUCCUGGUAACCUCAACGAUGGAGUCAAAGAUGAGCGUUGUGGCUGGAAUCUCCUUUGGCAUUGCGUGCUCCCAGUUGGUUGGCAUCAUUCUCGCCUGCUGCCUGUCCCGGUACAUCACCAACAAUCAGUACGAGAUGGUGUAG